GGUCAGCGGUUUUUUAAAAGUCAAGGCCAAGCACCGUCAUCAUCGGUGUUACAGGACCGAACUCGUGCGACUUGAGCGGUUAAUUAUAAAGCAAAGCUAUUGUUAAAGUGUAACUUAGGUCUUAAAAUAUUCACUGUAAGCCUUCUAGAAGCCUUUGGGCAGCAGCUCGUAGGCUUCCAGCUCUGCCUUCGCGAGAGAGACGAACGCUCAUUAUAGCCGUUUAGCAGAAGCUCAUAAUUCGAAACAACGGCCAAAGUCACGGGAAUUUAUUAUUGCAUACACCAACGAUUAUGAUAACGAACAGUGAUCAAUUUGGCUGAAGUCAAAAGGCACGAAGAUGAAAAUUGACAGGAGUAAAAUACGGAAGAGUUCUUCUGACUUGGUAAGGACGCGCGAUAAACCUUCAGAUUGUCAGAAGCUUAUAGAGUAUCUCCGUGACUGUUCUGAGAGAGAACUCCUGUUGCAGUUGAAAAAGAUCAACAUAUGGUAUUUUGGAAAGUGUGAACUGUACCAUUGGAUUGAUGUAUUGGACAGAUUUGAUGAAAUCUUGGAAAGUGCUGCGAAGAAUGUCGAAGGGAAAGCUUGGAUGUUUGUGUAUGAUACCCUUCCUUCCAACCAAGAGGGUAAUAUGGUGAAUAAAAGAGAAUUGAUUCAUCAAGUUCUCAAGUUUACUGCCCUUUUGAUUGAGCAUUCAUAUGCAAGGCAUCUGUAUAAUUCUAUUGAGCACCUUGUUAGUUUGAUGGAUUGUGGUGAUGCUUCAGUUAUCUUAUCAGUUCUCAAUUUGAUAUAUGUAUUCAGCAAAAGAUCAAAUUAUUUGUCAAGGAUGACAAGUGAGAAGAGAAAGUGUUUGCAGCAAAGACUUUUCACAUUAGGAGAGACAUGGGGUGGUGUUGAGGCUGGAUAUGGUCUAGAUCAAUGUUGUGGUGCAAAGCAAGAUGAGUUUUUCAAGGACAGUGGAAACCUCUACUUUGAAUGUUACAUUGAGGAGACCCCAACAGAAGAUGAUACAGUUUCUGAGACUUUCCCCCAACCAAACAGAAUGCAUUCAAUACAUUUGAAUAACCUGCAACAGAUUUCAUCUCAUCCUGGGCAAAUUAUGGAGCAAAUUCUUGAAGAGCACAACGUUCCUAAGGAUGUUCAGAUUUCAUUGCUAUAUCGCCUUCGUCUUGCUCAUUCAAUGCCAGUGCUAGAGAAAAGGCUACAGUUUGUGCAGUUAAGACUGCAAGCCAUUUCCAUUCUCGUCUACUCGAAUGCAACCGACCAAGUGAACUCGCUUGUGUAUGAUGGCUUUGUGGAAGAGAUUGUCAACACAUUGGAACUUCCAGACGAUGGAAACAAACUAUCGGAGGUGAAAGCAUCUUGUUUGAAAACACUCACUGCCAUUAUUCAUGUGGAUCGAAAUCCCAGGCUGAAUUCAAUCAUAGAAUGCACUGGAGCGUCAUCAUACCACGGGUUUUUGCCAACGCUUGUCAGAAAAUGCAUCUCCCACAUGACAGAUGCAAACAAAGACGAUUUUCCGCAACCGUUUUCGACUGCAUUGUUCUCUUUCUUGUAUCACUUGGCAAGUUAUGAAUCAGGCUGUGAAGCUUUGGUUUCAUGUGGUCUCAUGGAAUCACUGUUGAAGGUUGUUCGCAGGCCUGGCGAGGAUGACCAUAUUACGUUUGUCACAAGAGCUGUUAGAGUCAUCGAUCUGAUCACAAAUUUGGACAUGGCCUCCUUCCAAACUCAUAGUGGUUUGAGCAUUCUUGUCAACAGGCUGAAGAAUGAAGUAAAAAAUUGUAGCAAAUAUCAUGGCCCUAUACUGCCAAUCGACCUGCCCGGACAAGAGGAAGAACCCGGCCCAUCGCAACAGAUAUCCGACACCUCUGAUUCGGCCCAAAGUGAGGGUAACACCGUUGAAGGCUCUGCGGAAACUCAGGCAUCAGGAAGUCUGGGAACCAGUGACGUAGAUAUGAAAGAUACAACAGGCUCGAGUAGCUUUGCUGAUGGCGGCGUGUCUAUUCAGAGGAAUCAAUGCUUGCCACAAAGAGCGGCAUUGUUGAAGUCAAUUUUGAACUUCUUGAAAAAGACCAUCCCUGAUCCAGCCUUUUCUGACCACACAAGAUCAUUGAUGGAUGAUACAUUGCAAUACUCGCUGAAACUUGUCAUAAGCAAUGCGGAAUACUAUGGAGCAUUGCUGUUUCUUUUAGCCACUGAUGUUGUUACUGUGUACAUUUUCCACGAGCCAUCAAUGUUAUCAUCACUUCAAGAGAGCGGGCUCACUGGAAUCGUUUUGAAGUCUCUUAUUGUCAAAGAUGUUCCUGCAACGAGAGAGAACCUAGCAUCGCUUCCCAACACCCUGAGUGCGCUGUGUCUAAAUGCAGCUGGCUUGCGUGCGUUUAUAUCCUGCAAACCUUUUGAAAGACUUUUCCGAAUACUAAUAACACCAGAAUAUCUUCCUGCGAUGAAAAGAAGGCGAAGCUCGGAUCCUCAAGGGGAUACUGCUAUGCAUCUGGGUACUGCAAUGGAUGAGUUGAUGAGACACCAACCAACUUUGAAAACUGAUGCAAUGAAAGCAAUUAUAAAGUUAUUAAACCAACUGUGUGAAAUGGGAGGUGAUUCACAGAUGAUUGCAUUUCACCCAUACGACAAAAGCAAGCCUGCUAGCAAACAGCCAACCCAGGAGACCGCACCCCAGCCGACCGUUAAUGUUGACGAUCCAAUGUCGGACGAGGACAUGGAGGAGGACUUUGGUGCUAUUGUCAGUAGAAAACAAGACAAGUCUGCAGAAAAGAUUGACGACCUGGCUAAGCCAGCAAAUGAGAAGCGAGAAUACGUGCCGUUGCUUGACUAUCUUCUGAAUGUGAUGAAGUUUCUUGAGAACAUCCUCAGCAACCAAGGGACCAAUGAUCAUUGUUUUGAGUUUGUCUCUCUUGGGGGCCUGACUCCCUUGCUUGGUUUGUUAAAUUUAUCCAACAUGCCUCUCGAGUUUCCUCUACUUCCUGCUUGCCAGUCAGUUGCAGCCGUGUGCAAGUCAAUUGUGGUGCUCGCACAAGAUAACAAGGUCUUCAAAGAAGCAUUAGGCCAACUGGACCAGCUUCUUGAUCAGCUCUCGCCUCUCUGUCAGACAACACAGAAACGAGGCUCCGUCCUACUUCAUGAGUUAGCGUCAAAUGAUCAGCCUGGUCAGGCAAUGCACCGAAAGUCUCAAACGCCACUCCUCCACGCAAUGUCAGCUACGCAUGCAUUCAUAAACAUGUUUUUGCAUAUCUGUCGAGGUUCUCAGUCCGAAGUGCGAGCAAUGUCAUUAAACCAGUGGGGAUCUGAGCUCGGGAAAAGAGUACUUGGGAAACUGAGCCGUUUGUAUACCUACCUGGUUUGGGAGAGCAGUGUUCUGUUGACUCUUUGCACGCCAAAUCUCGCGGAUGAUGAACAGAUUGAUUUCGCACGUGACGAUCUUGCUAGGCUUAUUCCUAAAGAUAUGAAAGACGGAAAAGAAACCCAUGACGUUGCAAGUCAGCCCUCAUCUUCAUCAUCUAACAACAAAGCCUCGCUUCCACCAUCACGAAUAGCGCAGCUGAGGCUCAUCAAAUGGCUGCUGACAUCCUCUUCGCAUCUCGGAAGGGCCUUAGCAGAGCUGUUUGGGCUCCUUGUUCAUCAAUGUGUAGCACCGCAACCAAGAAUUCGACGUCACCUCGUAGGACAGAAUACUGUCAGUCCUCCUUCGCUUCCUGCUAGGCUCGUUGCUGAGCAGCUUACUAAAGUGCUCAUCCAAGGACUGUCAUGGGUGUGCCCUGAAGAUGUCUCUAUACCUAGGUUGAGGUUAACGUUCUAUAUUUGUUCUGUUGGAUUCGCCGCACCGAUGCUCUUUGACGAGAAAGAAAGUCCUUACCAUCUAAUGCUUCAGCAGUUUGAUCUCACAGGCGGCCUAGAUUGCAUAAUUGAACGUUUUCAGUGGGUUUUGGAGCAGUAUCAUCAUUUUGAUGGCGCUGAGAAACUACCCGAAGGAAGUCAUGAUGGCACAAACGAAUUCUUGGAAAGCUGGCUUCUGUUAAUUGAGAAGAUGGUGAACGUGAAGGCGGUAUUAGAAUCAUCACAUGCACUGCCGACUCAGGCGACAACGCCAGGUUUCAUCAAAUUUGAGCCAGCUGAAUUUCUCGCCAAAACCCAAAAGCUUGCGUUUGAUGCCGUCAUGAUGCUUUGGGGCCACAAGAUACUGAAGCAAACAGGAAACAGCAUAGCUGAGAAAGUUUUGAGCAUUCUAUGCCAUAUUUUCAAAGGUGAAGCGACGAUUCGAGAAAAACUGCAUAAACAGGGCGACAAGAAGCAACCAGGAGAAUCUGAUGACAAGGCUGGUAGCUCAGGAACACCUCUUGCAACAUCAUCAUCAGUUGCUGCAUCUGUUGCUCAAAGUUUGAUCGAAAGGACACAGCGAAGCAUACCUGUCAGUCCAGCAUAUGUUCAACAGAUCGUUGAUAUGGGGUUUACGGAGGCGCAGGCAAGAGAAGCCCUUCAACAUUGCAGAAACAAUCUUGUUCAAGCAACUGAUCACGUGUUAUCACUCGCUGCUCAGCCUCAAUUCAAUGAUUUGGGAAUGCAAGAUGAUUUGUCCGAAGAUGACAUGAUGAGGAGAGCCAUAGCGCUCUCACUCGGAGAGAAUAUUACAGAGCAACCUGAACCCAAGCCUUCAUCCUCCGUGGACACCGCAGCUUCAGACGCUAAGAAACCAUCGAAGCUUAAAAAAGUCGAGCCUCAUUCGCGCAAGAAGUCAGAGAAACUCGAGACUAUUUCAAAAGAGGUUCUGGAUAAGUUCACUGAAGGCUUAUUACCAGGCUGUCUACAGCUGCUCGUUGACAUGCCAGAAACUGUGCACACCAUUUAUGAUUUAAUCGUGGCUGUGGCGAACCGGAAUGGAGAAAAAUGGAGAAAUAAUGUUCUUGAAACCAUUUGCAAAGAGGUUCAAAAAAGUGCAAAGAAGCUUGUCAGUGAAGAAUCGUCAUCACUAGAAACGCGGGAAUCGAUGUUCUUGAAUACAAACCAAGACACGUCGGUGCUUUCAACUAGGCUGCAUUUGUUGGUAUUGCUAGCACAGGAGAUGCAAUUUCCGGUUGCAAUUACCCUACAGAAAUGUGACAUCAUUGGCCUUCUUAUAAACUUAAUGGAAAGUGCACAGCAGCUUUUAAAUGGAAUCAGACAAAACAACAAAGAAGUUACUACUCCAAGUUGGCUUGCAUCUCUCGUCCUGCUACUGGAUCAAUACGAAAAAUCAGCAGACGCACAGAAGAGAAAAAGUCACAAUGAUUGUUCUCAUAUUUGGAAAUGGUUCGAUGACCGCACUGGUCGCUGGUGUAACUACAGCACAAGUAACAACUCAUCAAUUGACACAGCAUAUCAUGCAGGGGAGACAUCUGUCAGAUUCACUGCAGGUCGAAGGAGGUACAUUGUUCUUUUCAAAGUCAUGGUCCAGGUGAACGAAGACACAGGAAACAGAAGGCCGAUUAUGCUAGAUGUUAUGUCCAAAGCGAAGAAAGACCCUGCAACAAAACAAGAGACCCCAGAAGCAAAGAAUAAAGAAGUUGUUAGUUCUCCAAAGAAGGGUAAACGAAAGCGAUCAUUGACAGAUACGCUAAUGGAUACAGACACCCCCGUAUCAACAAGCCAAGAGUCGAAAGGAAAGCUGGAUAUGCCGACAAUUACUGGUUUCAAAAAGUCUCAGACUGAAAGAAUGGUCCGGACAUGCACCAGAAUAAUCGCACUGCCUGUUGAUGCAGUUUCUCUAAAUGCUGUCAUGCGCCUUACGCUGAGACUAACACGUGAUUUCAAAAUGGCAUCGAUUUUCUCAGAAGAAGGUGGACCACGUGCCCUGUUGAAGCUGACUGAGAAAUCCUCCUUCCCAGGGGUGAUUCCUCUCGCCACGUCGCUGCUAAGGCACAUUGUAGAAGAUAUGACAACCCUGCAGCAGAUUUUAGAGACAGUUAUCUGCGCCAAGUCAUUAGGCGUUGGCAGUAUCAUUAGCGGAGUUGGCAAAAACUCAGUAGGAACUAAAGAGCUGCAUUAUGUUUUGAGAACUUUGGGUCCAGCCGCUUGUCGUUGCCCGUCUCUUUUCAAAGAAGCCGUUAAAAGGCUGUUGAGAAUACAGUUACCAUCUCAGUUGCGACGGGGGCAAACUGACGAGCAUGAAUUGUCAAUUCCUCCUAAUUCACCGCAAAUCCUGAAGCUAGUGCAACCGGUUCGAAUUACACCGUGGCGAGAUUGCCAUUUGCCGAUGAAAGAUUUGAUUAUUGUGUUGUUGGAUUCACUCGUUGAGUUGCAUGUAACCGAACACAAGGAAGCCACAAAGGAGCCAGUAGAGAAGAGCAAAGUAGAGAAGGAUGUUGACGCAGAAGAGAACAAGGAAGCUGAUGCUAUUAGUACUGCUGUACCAGAGCUCUCUGAAGGGAUCGUACAGCAAGCAGAUUUGGUAAGGAGGUUGACAGGAGAACCAGUGGAUGAAGAAGAGGCUGAUCAAGAGUCUAGACAAAGGCUGUCCUCGGCGGGCUCGCAAGAUGAAGUUGGAAACUUGGUGCAGUCACUAAAAGCAAAGAAAAAGAAACCAUCUUCGGUUGACAAGUCAAAGAAGCGUUUGUUUUCUAAACCUGUUGUCUUGAAGUUACUUGCAGAGUUGACAAAAAGUUACCCAGUCAUCGCAAAAAUAAUUGCAGAGUACGUGUAUGUUUCAAAGGGAAAUGAGAAAACGGCAAAGUUUGAUGGCUCUAUUCUCGCCUUUAUCUGUGACUCACUUCUCCCUGCUGUUGGCCAAGAAAGCACUGAAACACCAAAUGUUCCCGCAUUAGCUCGCACGCUGCUAGCUGUAAUCGGCUCCUAUUCACAGCUCCCGGAGGUCCACACUGCUCUUAUAGUUGAGCUUAAAGCAUCGCUUGCACGUGCGCUGAGUUUACAGGAGAGCAAGUUGAAGCAUUCUCGUUUGCAAGCGCUGUUUAAUCUGAUUGUAACCAUCAUCGAGGCGACGUCACCGCAGGCGAAUAACGCGGGCAGUAAUGCGGCAAAACUCAGCUUUAUUCGUUUGCUGAUCAGAAAAGGCAUGAUUAAUGAUUUGGCCAAGACCCCGCACAGUCUAGAUUUGUCCAGCCCUUACUUAGUUAGUACUGUGAACAGCAUGCUUAAGCCGCUAGAAAAGCUGACCAGCUUGGCUCAUCACCAAGUUCUGACGAACAAAUCAGAGAUCAAGGAGGAAGCGAAACCCAGUGAAGAGCGAAGAACAGACCAAGAGAGUGAUCAAAAUGCUGCAUCUUCACAGAACAACACCAACGGAGAAAGUGCUCCAGCUGUGCCAACAGAAAGAGGCAGUCACACUAAUGAGAAUCAGUCUGCCUCUAAUGCUGAUUCUGCCGAAGCUUCGAACCAGGUUAGCAGGCAAAAUGAACAGUCAACGAACGAGCGCUCACAGUAUGGCAAUCUUGAAAAUAUUAUCGAGCAAUUGUUGCAGCCCGUUGAAGGAGAAAAUCGUGUAAUCAGUGAAACCAUUCGAAAUAUCCGAGCAAGUGAAGGUAUUGUAGAAGAGCAGAUUGUAAUCGAGGCUCGCGAUGAUCGACACCCUGGAGAAGAUAGUUUGUCAGCAGCCUCGGAAUCAUCGCAUGAAAUGGUCGUCGAAGGGAUGGAUGGGACGGAUGAUAGUGGCGACGACGACGAUGAUGACGACGAUGACGACGACGAUGAUGAUGAUGAUGACGAUGAUAGUUUGACAAAUGAAGAGGAAACAAACAGUGCCGGAGAAGAAGUUGUCGAGUCAGAUGACGAUGCUAUUCAAAAUCAGCGGGAAUCUAAUCAUCAGCACGGGGACACACUCAUGAUCACUUUUAGUGGCAUGGCAGAAGUACAGCCAAACGAUUCCCAGGCUAUAGAAGAGGAGAAUGAGGACGAGCGCAAUAAUACAAUCGAUGAAGGAGACAGUGAAACAAUAAUUCUAGGGGAACUGGAUGAAAAUGAGGAAGAAGACGACGAGGAAGAUGAUGAUGAUCAAGAUGAUGAUGGCGAAGAUGACGACGAUGAAGAAGAUGAAGAUGACGUCAUGGAACUAUCAGACAUGGACGCUGAUGCUAAUGCUGAUGCAAUUGAAGAUUCUAUUAACCUUUUCCAAGAUGAUUUUGGACAAUUCUCAGCAGAAAACGAUGACAGUAGUGCUACCAUUGAAUUGAAUUUCCCCAGAAGACCACACGCCGUCCACUUUCCACUGUCCUCCCGGCUGCUGGACACAGACGCCUUAGACAGCUCCUCCUCAGUCAGCGCCGCCAUCUUGCAGCACCCGCUUCUAACAAGGCAAUCUGGAACAGACAACAGGGUUUCCGGUAGACAGGCUCGUGGGCGUGGCUCGAGGAAUGAUCGUUUGGGACAAAGGCAUGGUCAUCAGACUCACACUCUACAUAUCCACAACGCACAGGCCACAGGGACAAGUUUUGCUAGAAUUUUGGUCGGUGACAAUAUUCGAGUACUGAGUCGCAACUUAGAUGAAGUUAGUGAUGACGUAUUGGUUGAUUUUUUCGGUGACUCGAUGGAUUCAUUUUCAAUUCCAUUGCACUCUGUUCCAAAUGCGCUGAAUCGAUGGGCUUUCGAAAGCAGGCUGUUAGAUGGGAUGAGUGUGCAUGAUUGUGUCAAUGCUAUCAAACCAGAGAUCAUCGACCAUUUGGUGAAGUUGCAGAUGGAAGAGUUAGAGAAAAAACGUGAAGAAGAACGGAAGAAGAAGAAAGAAGCAGCAGAGAGUCUCGCCAGGAGUGAAGAAAACAAGGACAAGACGGAUGACAAAAAGUCGGAAAAAGCACAGGUUUCCCAGUCACAAACUGCAUCAACUUUGCCUACCGCGGAAGUAAGCGUGACGUCAUCGGGUACAAGCACAACCCCAUUAAGAAGCAAUGCGUCACAAGGUAGUGGGCUCAACUCAGAGAGAGAACUGCCUCCCAUACCCGACAUCACUCCAUCUGUAUCUACACCUUCGCAAGCAGCAGCUUUAACGUCAUCUACAAAUAGGCCCAAUAGACAAGGGACAACUAACAUAGCAAGUGCUUUCUCUCAAGGUUCGCUAACUUCGUCUGUUGUCGCCAACGAGCAAACAUUACCUCCAAUUCAGUCGUCACCGGCAAAUAACGCACAGACCCCAGCAAACUCGCACCCCAUAUCACAAGGACAAUCCACUACAGCUCCACCUAUUUCUGCCGUUUUGAACGAAACAACGCCCAUUUCUGUCGUGCAUGCCGACACGCCUCUUGCUCCACCGGCCCCUGCACGGCAUCGUUCCCAGAUGCAAGCUCCUGAGUUGGCUGUGGACCUCGCAUCCGCUAUAUUGUCACAGCUCACUACAGGCUCCACCGCAGCUGUAACCAGCAACGCAGCAGUAGCAACCCCAAUCGUCUCGACGUCUCAGCUACUAAGUUCUCUAAGUGACAGAUUGUCCCAAAACUCAGUAGAUACACAAGUGCCAGUGACAUCAUCGUCAGCUGCUUUAGCUGUCAAUGGUGACAACGAGCAAGCAAGCGACACAGCGCAACAGAAUACUGCCCAAUCUGGAACACAACAACAAGCUGGCCCCAGUGGUCUGCAGAGCUCUAACGCAGCCGAAGCUGAUGGUGUGCGCAUACCAGAAGGCGUUGAUCAAUCUUUUCUUGAUGCUCUACCAGAGGAUAUCCGACGGGAGGUUUUGCGGGACCAUUUGGGUAUUCGCUCGCAAGGCAGUGAGCAAAGGACAACAGAAUCCCCGGCUGCUGUGGCUCCAGAUGCUUCAUUGGUCGAUGUUAGUCCAGAGUUCUUGGCCGCACUACCCUCGGAUAUCCAAGAGGAGGUUCUAGAACAACAGAGGUUAGAACGAGCUCGAAUGCAGGCGGCGCAGACAACUCCAGAUCAGCCUGUGGACCCAGCCGCUUUCAUUCGCAACCUGGCACCAACACUGAGACGACAGGUGCUUGCAGAUAUGGAUGAUACAGUCCUGGCUGUGUUGCCUCCUGAUGUCAGCACUGAGGCGAUGGGAUUGCGCCGAGAGCUGGAGCAACGACAGCUACAGUUCUUCCAGGAGCGUGCUUUUGAACAGAGUAAUGUGUUUUCCCAAUUGUUACGUCAUUCAGGCGCCAGACCACGUCAUCAUGCAGCAGAUGGAACUUUCCAUAUAACGCCGUUCAGGAGACUUCAUGCAAGUGGCCAGAGUGGAUGGGGGAUUCGCCAUGUGGAUAAUAACGGUACGGUAAAGAAGGCUUUGAAUAAGCAGCUGGUUGAUCACGAGAGUCUAGCUUGUUUGUUAGUUCUUUUGUUUUUAGGCGAGCCUAAAUUAAACGUAGGCAGGCUACAUAGGGUAUUGCGGAAUGUCUCCUUUCACAGAGGCUCCAGAUUGUGGAUUAUCAAAGCUUUGAUAUCAAUAGUUGGUAAGACUGGUGGCAUGAGCUCCGAAGUCAAGUCGCAUAAGUCACCAGAAAAGUUUUCAAGUCACAAGCACGUAGGAAAACAACGCAUGCAUCCACAAGUUGAUCACCAUAUUGAGCGAAGCCAGUCAGAGUCUAACCCUUCCAAUAACUGGCUUUCCAGGACUCUUGAUUCGUCUUUUGGACACAGGGUCGAUUUAUUCGAAGUCAGGCCUACGACUGGCAAGGCAUCUGAUAAAGGAUCCUCAAUCACUAUUCAUCCUCAUGCAGCCUCGUUUGUAAAUAAACAUGUGAUAGAGGCGUUGUUGUUUUUGGCCAAAAAUUUCCCAACAAGUUUUACUCCGUUUAAUUCUAAAAAGGAAGAGGAAGAAAACAAAGUUGACGAUAAAGGAAAGGUUAAUGACACAAAAGAAUCUGCUGUUGAAGUUACAGAAGAAAAGUCUCGUGACCGGAUACCGGACACUGAUUUUUGGACAAUUUUGUACCGGUUGAAUUCGAUGGGACCAGGGCGAAAAGGGAAAAUGCCUUUAAAGACUUUAAGAGACACGUUUAAGGAAGAUAAUGUAGACAGUUUCACUGAGUCGCCUAUUGGGCAGAUAUUAACAAUGUUGUCACACCCAGUCAUUAAAAGGAAUACAGCUCUCAUUGAUAAACUUUUGAGACUCCUUGCAGUUGUUUCAAUGUCGUUGCCCGAGGCAACCAAAGCAAGCGAGCCCACUGCGACUGCACCAGCAGCUGUGGAGGAGCCUGCUACUACACAUCAUGAAGCCACACAGCCGACAGUCACUUUUGCAUCAGAGGAUACGAUUGUUGAAAGAAGCCCCCUGGUGGAUUCGACUGAUUUGGUAUCUCAAGAUGCAAACAGUGUUAUACCCCCUGACCACUCUCAAGAUGAAGAUCAUGAUAAUAUUUUCCCGGGUGCCUCGCACUUUUCAGAAACGUCAUCGAUUACGUCUUCCCUGUUUGUGGAAGGCUCCCCAGCACCGGUAGAUACGGUAGAAAUUGCCCGCUCCCCUAGAGCUGAAUCAGUAGUCUCUUGUUUAUCAGAUGGCACUUACGCUGCACAUAGUGACAUUAGCGGAAUGGCUCAAGAGGCACAUGAAGAACCAAUGGAAAUUGACAGAGCAUCACACGCUGUUAGUGACACUUCGUCGAAUGGAACAAGAGCCUCGCCAGUAAACAUCCCAUUGCUCUCAUUGAGCAGCGGGUCAUUUCAGAGUUCGGGGCCAGCAGGAAAAGAGGCAAUUGUUAAUGAAUUGCAGCUUCGGCUUGCGGUUAAUGUCUUAACAUCCGGCGUUUGCUCUGAAGAUGGUUUAGAAGAUGCAACAACGUUAUUAUUGCAGUUAUCCAAAAUCGACAAGGACACGAGGGACAGUGUCUUGACAUUGCUUCUCGAUGGUGCCAGAGAUAUUGCUUAUACGCUUUGUGGGGAGAGCAAAAAACUGCUAGCAGAGAUCCGCGAGUAUAAUCUAUUACAUGGAGUGACAAGCAAGACAAGGAUGCCUCGAAAAAACAACAUUGAUUUAAAGUUAAAAAAAGAAAAAUAUUAUGGAGUACAAUUUUUCAUUCGGCUUGGUGGCAAGAAAAGGACCGGCGUUAUCAUAAACCCAACCGCUGCGAGAUCUCAGCCAUGGAGAGGACGCGGACGAGCACAGGGUAUCCAAAGGAGACUUGGAAACAACCCCGGCCAACGGCCAGCUUUGAAGCCGGUUAUUUUUGAUCUUCAUUUGCCGUCGAUGGCCUGUUUGACUGGUAAAAGGUCAAGUCAGAACUUGCUUUUGAGAGUUCUGAAGGUCGUGAUUCAGUUACGGGAAGCAGCAAGAAAAUCCAUGACCAAAGGCUCUACGCAACAAAGGACUGGUUUGUCCAGAGGGAUGCGGCUAUUAGAAGGUCUCCGCAGCGGCAGAGAAAGUCUUCGUGAGGUUGUUGCUGCGCUUGAAGCCGACGUUGAGGCGAUGUACGAAUUGAUUGACAGGUACGACGGCGAAAGAAGUGGUGGCCAAAGCAGCAGCAACAACGCAGAGCCAGAAGCACCGAGCACAAGUCAGGCUGAAGGAAACGCAAGCACUGCGGGUCAAGGUGCCUCUUCGUCAUCACAAGGAGAGUCAUCCAGACAAAACGAGUUGUCUAAUGUUGUCAAUACAGUUCCACAAUUGCCACGUCUCAGCAGCCAAAUUGUUUUGGAUGAAUUAUGGGACAUGCUUGGCGAAUGUUUGACGGAAUUAGCUGAAACCUCAGACACGAACGCCGUCCUUGUUUUGCAACCGGCUGUUGAAGCGUUCUUCCUUGUUCAUGGAUCUGACAAAGACGAACUUCAAGAAAAAGAGAAGAAGUCUGAUGCGCAGGAGCAAUCCUCUGUAGCCUCGCUAGACCUGCCUCCUUUCAGUCCAGGACCUCUUUCACCUGGAGUACCUAACAGUCCUUCGAGGCAGUCAUCCGUGUCAAGUAUAUCUCCAGAUUUACCUCCAGAUACCCAGAAAUUCUUGCGUUUUGCAGAGACCCAUCGUGUUGUAUUGAACCAGAUUCUGCGGCAGUCUACGACACCCUUAUCAGAUGGACCAUUUGCUGUUCUUGUCAACCAUACAAGACUACUUGAUUUCGACGUCAAACGAAGGUAUUUCAGACAAGAGCUGGAAAAGCUUGACAAGGGUGUAAGGCGAGAAGACAUGGCUGUGCAUGUACGAAGAGAACAUGUUUUUGAAGAUUCUUACCGAGAACUCCAUCGCAAGUCAAAAGAAGAAAUGAAAAACCGCUUGUACAUUGUGUUUGACGGAGAAGAAGGCCAGGAUGCUGGUGGAUUAUUACGUGAGUGGUACCUAAUAAUAGCCAGAGAGAUGUUCAAUCCGAAUUACGCGCUGUUCACAACAUCUCAAGGAGACAAGAACACAUAUCUUCCGAAUAGGAACUCUCAUUGCAACCCAAACCAUCUCAGCUACUUCAAAUUUGUUGGUCGUAUUGUUGCUAAGGCUAUCUAUGAUAACAAGCUGCUUGACUGCUAUUUCACAAGAUCCUUUUAUAAGCAUAUUCUAGACAAGAAAGUGCAUUACACAGAUAUGGAAGUGGAAGAUUACAGUUUCUACCAAGGACUGGUGUAUUUGCUGGAACAUGAAGUUAAAGAACUUGGUUAUGAGCUCACCUUUAGUGUUGAGGUUCCAGUUUUUGGCAUGAACGAAAUACAUGAUCUGAAGGCAAACGGCCGCAACAUCCCUGUCAGCGAAGAGAACAAGAGGGAGUAUGUGAAACUCGUUUGCCAAGAGAAAAUGAUUGGCUCGAUAAGACAACAAAUUGACACUUUCUUGGAAGGCUUCUAUGAGAUUAUUCCUAAGAGAUUAAUUUCCAUAUUUGAUGAGCAAGAACUAGAAUUAUUAAUCGCUGGAUUGCCAACAAUAGACAUUGAAGAGUUGAGAGCAAACACAGAAUACCACAAAUAUGAUGCUAAUUCUAUUCAGAUUCAAUGGUUCUGGCGUGCUUUGCGUUCACUUGACCAAGCAGAUCGUGCAAAGUUCCUUCAGUUUGUCACUGGUACUUCAAAGGUUCCGUUGCAAGGUUUCGCAGCUCUUGAAGGCAUGAACGGACCACAGAAGUUUCAAAUACAUAAAGAUGAACGGUCUACGGACAGACUUCCAUCGGCUCAUACCUGUUUCAACCAACUGGAUUUGCCACCUUACAACACAUACGAAAAGCUGUAUUCUAUGUUACUAAAGGCAAUUCAAGAAUGCCCUGAAGGAUUUGGUCUGGCUUAAAAUUUGCAACCUUCUUAUUUGUAAGCUGUUUGGCACAUUUAUGUCAGUUAAUGUUUAUAUUACAUUGUUUAUAAAGACAGUUUUUGCUUGUUUGGUUGAAUGUAAACAAAGACAUCUUAGCA